AUGCUCCUAAACAACGUAGGGAUUCUCGCGAACAGAUUGAACUACAAGUUGAAUGAGCGCUAUUAUUUGGAAGCAAUGAGUCAGAAACGAGGCAUUCGGGCUUAUUCUCUUGGUGAACGCUAUCAAAUUGCCGAAAAUAUUCGAGCAUGUCGGUUUUUCAACAGUACCGUGCUCUGGGUGGGAUUUCUAAAUAUGAUCGCCUCGCAAAGGCCUGAGGCAAUUUAUAGUACAGAUAAACUACGAAAAUGUGAGCCUCAGUGGGAACGAAUC